AUGUUGCGCACACUCGUUCGACGUGCACAUGUGCACAAGCCUGGAUUCAGGUUCCCAGACCGAAAAGCUCCCAAGCAAUCGCAUACGCCCCACCCGCACCCCGAGGCACCAGCAAGCGUAGUGUCCUCGUUCGAGCAUUUCCAAAAGGUGUUUAGUUCGGGUCCGCAUUUCCACCCGGAAAAACUUCAGUCUCAACAAGCAACCACCAGUGGGCAGCAACAGGGAGUGGAUAUGAACGGAAGAGAGGCCGCGGAGGAUAUCCAUCUGCUGCCCGAGAGGUUCUGGAAGACUCCUGCGCUCGCCUUCUCGCCAGAAGAAAUGGACGCCGUCAUGACUGGAGGUGCCAACUAG